GCAGUGCAAACAUUUGACACGAUCACAUCUGUCCCAGGCGCAAGCUGCGACGCAAGAGCCAUCAAGAUCUUGCCUAGCCCCAUUCAGGGUCUCACCUUUGCCAACACGAGUGCGAAACCUCUCGUUUCAGGCGUUUGGUCAGUCGUCGACGCACCCUGGGGUGGCAAGGCCAUCGAGGGUCCCAUCAAAGGCUGCAAAGCUGCAGACAUUGGCAUCUACGCCGCCAACCUCGCAGACCCCUUUUCGCUCACCUCGUUCGAUUAUGGCGUGACUACUGCGCAAGAUCAGAUCUACGUUCAAUCCAUUCAGGCCGGCACUACCGAGGACAAACCAGCUUACACCGUCCGACUCGGCGAUGAAUCUUCGGGAAAGCUCGUGCCGGGCGUCAAGUAUCACUUCGAUCCGACGAAGUAUAUCACUGACCCUCUCUUUGCCGACGUUCAACACAUUCGCAUCUUCUCGGUCAAGAAGGAGCCUUUCCAUAUCAUCCUCGACAACCUCGAGUACGACAUCGUCUACCGCUCACCACACAGCCGUCAGGACUACACGAUGCACGUACGCCACGCCCUUCCGAUCGCUGCACUUUGUUAUGCCAUCAAGACCACUCACGCGUUUCAAUAUGGCAAGGAUAUCGUCCGAGGCGUCAGCUUAGGCGGCUGGCUUGUGCUCGAACCUUGGAUCACGCCAAGUAUUUUCGACAAGACCGGUAACGAAAGCGUCGUCGACGAAUGGACGCUUGGCCAAUUUUUCGGCGGCCAGGCGCAAGAGGUAUUGAAAUCACAUUGGGAUACAUUCAUCACAGAGGCAGACUUCGAACAGAUCGCUUCCUAUGGUCUCAAUCACGUCAGAAUACCGAUCGGUGCAUGGGCAUUCGACAUCUCAGAGAACCAACCAUAUGCCCAGGGGCAGCUUCCUUACCUUCAGCAGGCAGUCUACUGGGCCAAGAAGCACGGGAUCAAUGUUCUCAUCGAUUUGCACGGUGCCAGUGUCGAGUCACAGAACGGUCAAGACAAUUCGGGCAGACGAGGCGAUAUCACUUGGGGACGCGGCGACAGCUUGCAAAAGACCGAAGCCAUCAUACAGCAGCUACUUGCAGAGUUUACUUUGCCCAAGUAUGGCGGUGCAGUAACGGCCAUAGAAGUGCUCAACGAGCCUCGCGGAGCAGACGUUGUGCUGCAACCCUAUCGCCAGUAUCUCAGCGAUCUUCAUCCGUCGUUCUUCGAUGCGUCUGGGUCUCGCAUGGAGUUUGUCUACAGCGACGCAUUCCAGCCGGUCAGCAUGUGGAACGGCGACUAUACCACCCCGGGAGCUGGCACAAUGGACACACAUAUCUAUUCGAUGUUUGCUGAUGAUCUGAACGGUCUCUCCGACGAUGCUCGCGUGCAAAUCUACUGCUCAUACAAUGCCAGUCUGUCGGAUGCGAGUUCACACCACCCUGUUAUCGUCGGCGAAUUCACUGCUGCCAGCAGCGACUGUGCUGCAUAUCUCAACGGCCGUGGCAGGGGAGCGCGCUUUGACGGCACUUUGCCCGGAGGCACUCGACGCGGCUCCUGUACAGAUCGCACUGGCUCAGCAUCACGCUUUUCGGAUGACUACAAGCACUCUCUCGCUCGUUUCUGGCAAGCACAAGUAGAGACUUACGAAAGCAGCGCGUCAGGCUGGAUACAUUGGACAUGGCGCUCAGAAGGCAACAGCGACGAUUGGGACUAUUCAGCGGGGGUGGAACAUGGAUGGAUUCCAAAAGAUCCCACGCAGCGACUGGUCUCACAGCAGUGCAAUUCUGUAUAA